GUUGACCAACUUGACAGAGUCCGAACAGCCAGCCGGCGGUAGCUGAAGGAAUCUGGCUGACACGUCGGUGUGAUCAGCGAGUCACUCAGUGAAGGAAAACACUCGUGGAGGCGGCCGCGGAGAGCACAAGUAUCCAGCCUUCACCGCAACGGGAACGGAGACUUCGUCGGCAGGGAAAACAGGACGUUAUCAUGAUGGCGGUCCUGGGCAGCGCCGGUCGCUUGAUCCAACUUGCCAGGAGCACUGUUGGUCUGGGUGUGAGGAGACGCUCCACUGCCGCUGCUUUAGCCCAGACUUCCACUCCAGAAACACAGAACAACAGGAAACCUAAAACGGGCAUUUUGAUGCUGAACAUGGGAGGGCCUGAGAAACUAGAAGACGUGCACGACUUCUUGUUGCGGUUGUUCCUUGACACAGACCUGAUGAAACUCCCCGUACAGAGUAAGCUCGGCCCGUUCAUCGCCGCACGCCGCACGUCAAAGAUCCAGGAGCAGUACAGCAAGAUCGGAGGAGGCUCGCCCAUCAAACACUGGACCUCCAUGCAGGGGGAGGGCAUGGUGAAGCUGCUGGAUGAGAUGAGUCCUGAGACGGCUCCUCACAAAUUCUACAUCGGUUUCCGGUAUGUUCAGCCACUGACGGAGGAGGCCAUCGAGGAGAUGGAGAAGGAUGGAGUGGAGCGAGCCGUGGCCUUCACACAGUACCCUCAGUACAGCUGCUCCACCACAGGCAGCAGUCUGAAUGCCAUCUACCGUUACUACAGCAACAGAGGCGCCAGGCCAAAAAUGCGUUGGAGUGUCAUCGACCGUUGGCCCACACACCCUCUGCUGGUGGAGUGUUUUGCAGAUCACGUCCGCAACGAGCUGCUGAAGUUUCCAGAAGAGAAGAGGGACGACGUUGUCAUUCUGUUCUCGGCACACUCACUCCCCAUGGCUGUUGUAAACCGAGGCGACCCGUAUCCUCAGGAAGUGGGAGCCACCGUUCAGAGAGUCAUGGAGAGACUGGGACACUGUAACCCUUACAGACUUGUGUGGCAGUCCAGGGUGGGGCCCAUGCAGUGGCUCGGCCCCCAGACGGACGACGUGAUCAAAGGCCUGUGUGAGCGAGGGAAGAAGAAUAUCCUGCUGGUGCCCAUCGCCUUCACCUCCGACCACAUAGAGACUUUACACGAGCUGGACAUCGAGUACGGACAGGUGCUGGGGCAGGAGUGUGGGGUGGAGAACAUCAGGAGAGCGGAGUCGCUGAACGGUAACCCUCUCUUUAUGGAGGCUCUGGCAGACCUGGUCCAGUCCCACCUGAAGUCCAACGAACCCUGUUCCCGCCAGCUCACCCUCCGCUGCCCACUGUGCACCAACCCCACCUGUGGAGAGACCAAGGCCUUCUUCGCCAGCCAGACGCUCUCAUAGAAACAAACACACACACUCAGGUGCCCUUUCUGCAGCAAAGCUACCUAAGAAGAAACUUACGGCCUUCUCCAAUAAACAGAUGACACACACACACACACACACACACACACACUCUCUCUCUCUGUCUCUCUCUCUGUCUCUGUCUGUCUGUCUCUCUGUCUCUUCAGCUAGAGGGUUAGAAAACGGGACAAAAUGGUUUCUGUGAAUGCUUGAGAGUUUAACCACAGUACUUUACUUUAUGGGGGAAAUAACUUCAGGGCAGAAAAUGUGACCCAGACACAAAUUAGCAUUUUUUUAAUCCUCAAAGAAAUGGGUAUUAUAGUCUUAGAAUUGUUGUUAUUUUGAAGAAUUGAGAUUAUUGAUGGUUAAUAUAUUUCAAUGGAUGUCGGAAGACGCAAAUAUCAAUAAAACACAAAAUACUGAUCAAUUUGAAAAUUAACCCAGUGGCACUAACAUUUGUCCUUAACGAUCUUCUUAGAUCAGCUGAAUAUGUUUGAUUUGCUAAAUUCAGUUACAUUUAUUUUGUAGACCCCAAAAUCACAAAUUUGCCUCAGGCCUUUACAAUACAACAACCUUUGUCCCAGGACCUCCCAUCCGCACAGGAAAGACUCAGAUCAACACAAACAUGCUUAUAAGGAUACCAUUGGGUGAAAAGAUCUGUGUAGAUAAAAGAACUGACGCACUGCAGAAACCGCUCACAUCAAAGCGGGUUAGAGAAAGGCCUUGCACUACCGUGGUUACAUUCCAUUCGCUUAGCCCCUGCAAACCCCCCCCCCCCAUCAGAGAACCUGUUUCUCUUCUCGCUAGUGCUAAGCGACUAACAGUCGACCAUGAUGACGACGACACCACUCCGGUCAGUUGACUUGUUUCUCUCCCGCCACUUGACAUCAUUGCCCCCCACCCCUGCCUGCAAUCUCUGCAAUGUGAUUGGAGGAGGAUGUUGCUGCUCAAAAUGCUGCUGCCUGAUAAGUGGAUACCACUGUGCUUUGGAGAUUUGGGGGGGAGAGAGGAGGAGGAGGAGGAGGAGGAGGAGGAGAGAGAAGCGCUGUCUUGAAGGAAGUCUACGACUAUUUUAAGGAUUCAAGAAAGUUAUCUUUAAGGUUUAUGUUUAGAAAUAAGUAUCAGUUACUGCAUAUAUUCUAUAACUGUAAAACUGUGCAGUUGUAGUCAAUCUAUGAUAACUAAAUUAAUCAAAUUUAAAAAGUGUUGCGACUUUUUAGGGUGUCAAGAAAUAAUGUGUGGGAUUCUGUGAGAUGGUUUACAAGCUAGGAGAACACAUUUUAUUCUACAAAUUCAUAAACGUGUUUAUUUUAUUGUUUAGCUUUUUCCGUUUCUACAUAAGAGGUAAGAGCAGGAAACAAUGUCACUGCAGAAAAAGCGUAGAAUAGCAUAAAUUACAAUGGCGCUGGAAUUGUCCAACAGCAAGAUGCAGUAUGUGUUCAAUUUCUAAUAUCGUGUAGAGAAGUAGCACAGAUAUAAGUGUAAGAUAAGAUUUUAGUUUUAACAUAGUUUGACUCUGACUUGGGUCGGCCUAAAGCCUCAAGUCAAGCUUUUUUUUUUUUAAUCCACUCACUUCCCUGAUCACAGUGCACUAAAUGUGAGAAAACUAAUCAAAUUAGUUGAUAGGUUGAAUUAAAUUCUUAAAAGAAAAUGUGUUCUGCCAUCAGGUGCUACAGCUAAAAGGUUUCAUCCCAUCCGCCGUCCCAUUUGGGUUAAGACUCCCUAAUGAAAUGUGCACUUUUUAUGGGUAACUUGACCUCUGGCCCUUCUCCCCCUUUACUGUUUUCGUCCUCCUCCUAUGCCACGAUGAUGUGCCUUUAACACUGGCUUUUUAUAAACACUGGUCUUUGGUUUUUUUGUACAACCAAAAUGCUGACAGGAAGAAACCAUCUCGAAAUCUGAAUUUACAUAUUCCUGCUGUGCAAUCGGCAAGUAAAAAGCUAACGUUGGUUCCUAAAUGACCUACGCCACGGUCGCAUGAGUGCAAGUAUAAACGCAACAAGGCUGUAAAGGUGAACGAGUCAGCGUGAUCCUGUUCAAUGUCCCAGACGACCUCUGUAGCCUGAUAACAACCACCUUCUGGAAGACAUGUAAAGGCUUCAAAUUUGACGUAUUUCAUAUUGUAAAAUUUAAACAAAAACGUUAAAACCUCUUAAGCUUGUGCUGACCUCUGACCUUACUUCAGGCAACUAACCGAAAACCCGUUUAAAAAAAAUCACUGACUUCGAGGCGAACGAGUCAGAAGUGAAUGCUAACACAUUUCUGAGUCUGUAGCUUGUGUUUGGCUUUUGCAGGAGCUUGUCUCACUCGCAUCAGCCUUUUUUCCAGUCAGUACAGACAGCAUACUUUGGUGCUUUCAGAUGUGAUUGCUAUUGAUAUUUCAACUAAUAUUCUCACUCAAUACAGUGUUACUUGGUGCUUGUAGUGCUCUUCCACAAGUUUGAUAUGGUGGAAAUGAUUUUGUCUUUGAGGAAUACUUUACCUGUAGUUAUCUGUUUUAGGUCUCUGCAUGCACAACUGAAGGUAUUCUAACGGCGACAUUAGCAUAGCUUAGCGCAACUCAACUGUCACUUUCAUACACCUAUAACUUGGAAAAAGUUACAUUUGUGCAGGGAUGGCAAAAUGUUCAGCUCAGGGCGGGAACACAUGCUUAAUAUCUGUGAAGGCCCAACAACAAUUUUUAUUUAUUUUUAAUUAUCCUCUAUUUUGACAAAUGUGUGCUGUGUCUCUAGCUGUAAAUGCAUUUAGCAGGGUAUGAAUGUCAUAUAUAAUAAAGAUGCUUACGGAUUUGUUGCAGCUCUGGCAUACUCUUUUGUUGUUUUCUGUAUUUCUUUUUGUCUUUUUUUAUUGUGUUCCAGACCACACAAAUCAUCUAGUCUCCUCUGUUAUAACACGAUUUUUUACAUGUAUAUUUGAAAAGCACGGUAUUAGCAGUGUGAAUACACAUGAGUCUUCCUUAAAAAUAAAAUACAAUAAAAAGAU